AUGCUCGACACUUCAUCAGAUGGCGAGCUGACCCUGACGGUCCUGGGCUGCGGCACGAUGGGGAUUGCCAUCCUGUCCGGCAUCCUCACCUCGCUUCAGGACAUGGCGGCAAGCGGGGUGCUGUCAGCAUCUGCAUCCGGGACGUCGACGCCGAUCCACCCCGAGGUCCCCGACCGCCUGCCCAGCCGGUUCAUCGCGUGCGUGCGGCGUCCCGAGAGCGCCAAGAAGGUCAAGGUGGCGCUGGCAGAGCACUCGUCCGUCGUCAAGGUCGUGCAGAACGACAACCUCGCCUCGGUCCAACAGGCCGGCGUCGUGAUCCUCGCCUGCAAGCCGCAGAUGAUUGGCGACGUGUUGACCAAGCCUGGCAUUGCGGAGGCUCUGCGCGGCAAGCUCCUCAUCAGCAUCUGCGCCGGCGUCACCGUGCCCCAGAUCGAGGGUCAUCUGGAGGGUGCCCUGGGGUCCAAGGACGUCGAGAACCCCUGCCGCGUGGUGCGCGCCAUGCCCAACACGGCGUCCAUGAUCCGCGAGAGCAUGACUGUCGUCGCCACGACGGAGCCUCCACUGCCGCCUCAGGUUUCCAGCCUGGUGACGUGGAUCUUCAAGCGCAUCGGAGAUGUCGUGUACCUCCCAGCCAGCACCAUGGAUGCGUCCACCGCGCUUUGUGGUUCUGGCCCAGCGUUCUUUGCCCUGAUGUUGGAGGCCGCUGUUGAUGGCGCUGUGGCCAUGGGCUUGCCUCGAGCUGAGGCAUUGAGGAUGGCCGCUCAGACCAUGAAGGGGACCGCCGCUUUGGUUCAGCAUGGAGACCACCCUGCUCUGCUCAGGGACAAAGUCAGCACUCCGGGAGGUUGCACUAUUGGCGGACUUCUCGUACUCGAGGAAGGUAUCGUUAGGGGCACUGUUGCAAGGGCGGUUAGGGAGGCUACGGUUGUAGCCAGUCAGCUUGGUCAAGGCGUGCAAGGAGUGAAUGGUACACGGCCCAUGCGCCACUGA